AUGGCAUUGGAUCCAAUUGUUCCCUCAAAUUCAAGUGCAAGAAGAUGGACAGACCGCAUAAGUAAUGCCCUUAAGAAAGAUGUUGUUAUUGACAUCAAUCUUCUCCCUCCUGUCUGUGUCCUCCACAUUCCGAAAACACUAACUCAUCACAAACCAGAAGCCUAUACUCCUCAGCUCAUUGGCAUGGGACCUUAUCACCAUUUAAGGCCAGACUUAUAUCAAAUGGAAAGGUACAAACUUGCUGCCAUCAAACACAUUCUUCAGCCUGUUCAAAUCCUCAAUUUCGAGCACCUCUUGAUCGAUAAACUUAGAGAUAAUGACCUUGUUAUACGUGCUUGUUAUAACCGGUUCAUGGAUAUAGAUGAGGAGACUUUAGCUUGGAUUGUAGCCAUAGAUGGUCUAUUCUUGCUUAACAUCCUCCGUUCAUCGUAUGGGAAUAAUGUUCAUGAUGAUAAUAUUGAUGAUAACAUUUUCACUCGAGACUUCAUGAUGCUUGAAAACCAAAUCCCCUUUGUGGUAGUGAAGCAAAUUAGAAAGUUUCUCUGUUUCUCUUCCCCUGAAGACAGAGAAGACACCGAGCUAGUUUCCAUGUUUAGGCGCUUCUGUGAAAUGCAUUCCCCGCUUCCUUUGCCUAGAAAAAAUGCUAAAGAAACUCGGCCUCUUCAUUUGCUUGAUCUUAUGUAUCAUUUAAUCCUUGAUGAUCAUGUAGAUUUUGUUUCAGUUCCUAUUCAAAUGUCAUCUAUCAUUAUCAACCAUGACGAUAAAGAUAAAGAAGAUGUUCGAGAUCAAGAUACACAUGAAGACAUCAUUCACAACUUCGAAACAAUCUUGGAGGUGGUGGAACCUAUAGGCCCAAGAAACGUGCAAAAACUUCUAAAAUCCAUUAACCAGGUUGUAGAAAAGGUCCCAUGGUCAACGAUUUCCGGGCUAUUUAGGAAUGGUAUAGAAAUAAAUGGAGACGAAGAAAGAGAGAAUAUCAGUACUAUCCCUUCAGCAUACAAAUUAUGGUGUUAUGCCAGAGUCAAAUGCAGCCCAAUUCAUGAGGGUAUCAGUAGGAUUAAAUUUGAACAAGCUUCUUCGACGUUAUAUCUUCCUGUGAUCACAAUGAAUGCUGGCUCAGAAGUCAUAAUUAGAAACUUGAUGGUCUAUGAAGCUGCCAUGUCGAAAUCCAAGCUCGAAUUUGCUAGAUACAUCAAUCUAAUGAGUGGAACUGCAAAUACUACUAAGGAUGUGAUGUUGCUAAGGAAAGCUGGUGUUAUCAAAGGGGAUUUGACUGAUAAUGAAAUUGCCACUUUGUUCAGUACCAUACAAAGGUCAUUUGUGAGGUCUAGUGGAAGUUCUAAUGUGGAGAUUGCCAUGGAGAAAGUCAACAAGUACUAUGACCAGAGGCUAAUCGUUAGGGCUCGUAGAGGAUUGAAGAAACACAUCUAUGUUUCUUUGAAGUUCUUGCCUGUUGUUAUGUCAAUAUUCAUUGUCUUGCUGCUAAUUUUCCAAGCAUUUUGCUCUGUGUAUGGUUGCCACAAUGUUUGGGCCAAUAGAGACUAG